CCAUAGCACGCUGGGGGGAGGUGGGGCUUCACUUGCAAGCAAAACAUAUCAGCGAUCCAGAUAGAUAACCAAAUGAGUCACUCCACACGCGAGCGGGUUGGUUUCUGAGCUUAGUGUUAUCAUAGCACUACAGAGCACAUUAGAAACCGGCAACUUCCACGCGAGGGCUGUUGAAGAGUAUCGUCAAGCAGGGAGGCAGGGGACAUUGAAUCCGAGUGGACGAUGUUCCAUGCCUCCAUUGCUGAGGCGGCUGACUGGAGCUGCGGCCAUAAGGUGGUUGGUGCCUGCCGGUUAAGUUCAGAGAUAGUGUAAAGAGAGUAAGUGAGCGAAAAUGACUGAGAAAUCACUUCCCUCACUAACAUCCUCCAUCCGCCUUCUCCACCCUCCACUUCUGCCAGUAUCUCCUGUUACCAAAAGUCAUCCCACCUCCAAGAUAUUGCAGGAAGCAUCUUCCGUACAAGAUGUUGACAUGUAACCAUCAGAUGCUGAAUCUCCAUCUUUGGUCGAUUCCAAAAGUUGCCAGACUGAUGAAGUGACUGUUCAUGAGAAAGGAACACAUAUCUUUCCGACAGCAGAGAGGAUACUGCAACAUGUAUUUCAAACUCAGGUGGCCUCAAGAUGCUCAUAUUGAAAGACCAAACAAGCAUUCAGUGAAAAUGUUAUGAGAGAGACAUAUUUCUACACAAUGUAUGAUGUUUGGAGCUGUGGUGGUGGGUAUUGGGACAGCAGGUUGGGUAAGGAUCAGAGACAUAUCAGCUCCUCUGCAGGGGAGUUCUGCUGAGAAACUCAGCGUCAAAGGAUUCGUCUCCAGAAGAAAUCUAGACUGUCAACAAGGAGCAAGUCAGAUUUCAGUUGAAGAGGCUCUGAUCAGAGAAGACAUUAAUGUGGCAUUCAUUUGCACUGAGAAUGCAUCACACGAGGAGGGUGUAAGAACUUUUUUGCAGGCAGGUAAACACGUCUGUGUGGAGUAUCCCAUGGCGCUAAACUACAAAACCGCUGUGGAGCUCUGGAAUUUGGCAGAGGAGAAAGGAGUGAUUCUUCACGAGGAGCACAUAGAACUUUUUUCAGAAGAUUACAAACAGCUGAAGAGAGAGAUCAAAGGGAAAACUCUGCAGCAAGGAAUCCUUCAUUUUACAGGUGGUGUUCUGAAGCCUGGAUUCGGCUUCAUGGCAUUUAGUGGCAUGGCUCGCCUCACCUGGUUGGUUGAGUUGUUUGGGGAGCUCUCUGUAACCACUGCAAAAAUGGAACAGGAUUUGGCCAACAACUACAGCAAGAUGACCGCAAAGAUGCUAACUGCAGACAAAAAAACUUUGACAUGGAUUGAAGAACGAGGACGAGGCCUCCCAAGAGCCAAGAUAAUCAACUUUCAAUUUGAGUCUGGACCAGUAACUCAAAUUCCUCCAUCGCCCAGAGGGCCAGUGGGUCUUUUCAUGCAAGAUCUGAUACAAUUCUCCUCCAAGCUGAUGGGACAAGUGAGCCCAGAGGAGCUCCAGAAAGAGAAAAAUAGGAUCCUUCACUGCUCUGAACUGGCUGAAAGAAUACAGCAAUUUUGCGAGAGUUAAACAGGUUUCUGCAGUUUAGUUGUCAAUACUGAGAUUGAGUUUUUCCACACUUGAAUUGUUUUCACAUUUUAUAUCAAGGUAAAAAAAAAACAUGUCUGCUGCAUGGGGUAUUGAUACAGUAUGAUUAAAUUAAUGAUGUGGAAAUGUAAAAACAAAAUAA